UUGUGCGCGCAGAGACCCGGCCCGGCCUGUCCUCUGACGGGGCCGCCCCGUGGAGCGGGAGGAGGAGCGGGAGCAGGAAGGGCUGAGGAGGAGGGCGAAGGAGAGGCACGGAGGAGGACGUCGCCCGCCCGCGCCGCCGCCGCCUCAUGCCGCGGCCCCGUCCUGCCGCCGGGGCUGAGCCGCGGCUGAGCCUCCGGCCGCUCCUGGCCCCGCUGGGGCUGCUGCUGCUGCUGCCGGGCGCAGGUGACUGCCAGCUGCACACAUCUUGUGGAAUCCAGAAGUGCACCACUGAUUUUGUGUCCUUCACUUCCCAUCUAAACGCAGCUCUUGAGGACUUUGAUCUGGAGUUCUGCAAGGCCCUGCGCGCGUACUCUGCGUGUACCUAUCGCAAUUCCAAAGUAUGCCGUGGAAACCUGGUCUACCAUUCUGCAGUACUCGGGAUCAGCGACCUCAUGGCCCAGAGGAACUGUACCAAAGAUGGACCAACAUCCUCCACCAACCCUGGAAUGACCCAUGAUCCUUGCAAUUACAGCGGCCACACAGAAGCCAGAGAACAUCAGGGAGGGGAGAAGACUCCUGCUCCUACUUAUCUAUUUUGUGGCUUGUUUGGUGAUCCACAUCUGAGGACUUUUAAGGAUCACUUCCAGACAUGCAAAGUGGAAGGUGCUUGGCCCCUCAUAGACAAUAACUACUUGUCAGUGCAAGUGACUAACGUGCCUGUGGUCCCAGGAUCCAGUGCUACUGCUACAAAUAAGAUAACUAUUAUCUUUAAAUCAUACCAAGACUGUACAGAACAGAAAGUGUAUCAAGCGGUGACUGAUGACUUGCCUGCAGCUUUUGUGGAUGGUACAACGAGUGGAGGUGAUGGGAACACCAGGAGCUUGAACAUCGUGGAGAAGGUCAGUGGGAAGUACAUCGAGAUGCACGCCCGGCACAUCGGGACCACGGUGUAUGUGCGGCAGCUCGGACACUACCUGACGCUGGCCAUCCAAAUGCCUCGGGAACUGGUCAUGGCCUACGAGGAGGGCCAGGACCUGCAGCUCUGUGUCAACGGCUGCCCCUCCAGCGAACGCAUUGAUGACAGCGGUCACUUGCCGUUGCCUGUGAUGAGCAAAUUGCUUCCUCAGGGCAGUGCUGCCCAUCCCCGAUCAGGGUACACACUGGAAACCGCCACCACCAAAUGCCAUGAGAAGAUGCUGGUGAAGGACAUCUAUUUUUACUCAUGUGUAUUUGACCUGCUCACUACAGGUGAUGCCAGCUUCACAGCUGCUGCUCACAGUGCCUUGCAGGAUGUGGAGGCGCUGCAUCCCAGAAAAGAGCACUGGCAUAUCUUUCCCAGGAGUAGAGCUGGUGUUGUGGGGAGGGAUAACAAAUUCUUUGUCCAUCUUGGACUCGUGUCCUUUAUCCUUGUUGUGUUUUUGUAGUUUGUUUUUUUUUUUUUUGUCUGUAAACAAAGUUUUGAAAUAUAUAUUGUCAUAAUAUAUUGAGUAAAGAGGAGUAUAUAUGUAUAUACCAUGUAUAUGAAGGGAUGUUUUGUCUUGGGACACCCACCAGAUUGUACAUAUUGUUAACUGUUUUCAUAUAUGUUUGAUGCAGUGUUCUUUGUAUCUAUUUGUUUUACAGUUGUUGAAAUGUUUUAUAAUGUCCCUGCACUGGGACCUGAUAGACAGCACUUUAUUUUUUACAUAUUAAAUAUUUAAGUGUGUAUCUGAGUAACUGUGUAUUACACAUAAAAUACUCAGUGCUCCCUCUAAGUACUACUUGGUUUAACACAUUUUUUUAAAUUGAAUUAACUUGUGGGUUUUUCCAAGAGAGCUUUACUUAAUGCCAAACGUGAAUAUUUUGAAGCUAGUGAAUGGUCUCUGGAGAGAGCUUAAACUUAAAGGGAAUGCUUGCUUUUUUUCACAGGCCCUCCAGUUGUCUGUCUUUUAGAAGCCUACAGAUUUAUAUUUUUUUCAUGCUUGGAAACCCCACAGUGUGUCAGUCUUUGCAAAACAUUUUAGAUGUGGUUCAUCAGUAUACCAGUAAGUAUAUGUGUGUAUGUGAAAGAGUGGCUAUGCAGUGUAUAAAUAUUUUGAAUUAUUACAGUAGAAGAAUAGUUGCCUGCCCUGCUGAGGAACGUCAGUAAUGUGGUGUGACCCCUGGUGGGGUGCAGAGAAAUUGGGGAUGUAGGCCACAUACUGGGCAGGCAAUUUAUAAAUAAAGGCUGUUUGUCUCCUAGCCAAAUAGUAUGGAUAGGAUAUUGGAUAGGAAUGUGCUGAAUACAGUUCUUAUACUUCUUGCAGAUGGUUGUUUUCCCUCUACUAAAUAAGAUGUGUAGUUAAAUUUAUGACCAGCAGCUGUAAACCAGGCCAGUUUAUUAAAGAGAUAGUGUGUGAGGAACCAAGAGCAGGAACCAUCCCCUCAGGAUACCAGUUUUACAGUUCCUUUGCAAUGUUUGUGGAGAUACUUAGAAGAGCUUUAGCACAGUUAUCUGUGUUACUGCUGCAUUCCUCCUGAGAGGUGUUAUAAAAAUCCUCUUUUUAAGUUAAUGGAGAACUCUCAGACCAGAAGAACCCUGGAAUAGAAAAUUAUUUGCCAUAAAACUAAAGAAGAGGUGGUGAAGUUGGAAGAAAAAAUUAUAUAGAAGAGUCCAUAAAAUUACAGAACAGGAUGACCUGCUAAGUAUAUAUGGAAGCUAUAAUAUUUCAUCUGCAGGGCUAAUCACACAGUGUGAAGGUAAAUCGAAAGUGCCAAAAGUCAGAUGCAUACCAAGACAGACCUAAAAACGACGACUUUGAAUGUUACUUUGCUAAGCUCGUGUUACAGCUAGGAUUUGAGCUGUGUGAGGAACAAUCUUAUGUGGUAAAUAUAUCAGCAAAAUGAUCUGUAGAAAUUGCUGUAGAAAGCAAAGGGAGCUUUAAAUAUAUAUAUGUUUACUGUACACAGAAGGCAGCUGUCAUACCUGCAAGGAUUCACUCUCCCAGGUGUUGAUCUAUCACCACAAGCUCUGCAGAAGGCAGUGUGACGUUUAUCAGUAUUUUAGUGCCACAGCCUGUCAGCUGUUACUGACACUACGUGUUGUUUGUCUUCAACAAGCUGGGCAAUGCCUUGGAUAUUAGUGGCUUAUCCAAAACAGUUUUUUAAGUAUCUUCUUAACCAGAGUGUUUCCUAACCAUAUGCUAACAAUGGCUGAUGAUGGUUCUCUGUAGUGUGGAGUCUGGCAACUUCUAUAGGAAGCAUGUUGCAGGACUGAGCAGAGACUGUGUGCUUAAUCCUUCAUUUUGUAUGUACAGAAGGCUCCUAAACAAGGAUAUUAUGAAAGGAAAUAAUAGGUUUAACUGCCUGUCAAACCAAAAAUACUUUUUUAUUUCCUGACUGGAAGAAAAAUCUGUAUAGAGCAUCUGUUAAGUGGAACGCAACCUGAGAGAACAACCUGGCUUUUGUUCUUAUGGUCAAGUUACAGCCCUUCAGUAUUGCAUUUCCUUUCAGACUGCUGCUGUACUGCCAGAAAGUAGAUCAUCAACUAUUUACAUUUUCUUACCUUGGCAUUAUGGUUACCAUGCAUUUGUUUUAUGAGUUUUGAGGCUGUGCAAGUGCCUAUUUACUUAUAUACACUGCAAAGUGAAGCAAGCAGUGUUGCAAGCUUUGUACUGUCUAAUGAGAGUUUCAUUAGUGGACAUGUUUUGAAAAAAAGCCCAGGAGUCUUGUGGCUUUCUUCUGUUUUGUCACACACACAGAACAGUUUACAAUCUUGAAUUUGUUUUCUUCAUGUAAGUACAGCUGUGGUGUUUUACUGAAAUUUUCAUGCUUAGGUUAUUUAAUUCCCAUCUCUAUCUUGACUGGUACGAAUUCUUUUCUGUCUUUCCCUAUUCCGGUUAUUACAGACUGCUAUCUACACAAUGUCCAAACAGGACUAGUAAUGAUUUCCUUUUUUUUAAAAGGUGUUUUUUACAAGGUAAAUGUUCUCUGUGUUGUGCUGCUACUUCUCUCCAGAUGUAUUCAAAACAAACAAGAAUUGUGGGGAUCAGUGUUGUUCAUUAGAUUUUAUCAUUGUUAUUAGUUAUCAUCUUGUGGAGAGCAAAAUAGCCACGGAUCAAGUACAAGUAUGCAGGUAAAUUUGUGAUGCUGAUGUAGAACAAUUGCAUCUGAUCUGAUUCUGAAUUCUUUAUCUUUGUAAACUAAAGUUCAUUGAAAUUAAAAGCUGCUGAUAGUAAACAACUGUGAACAGUAAGAUUGAUUACAGUCUUCGUGCUGGGCUGUGUAUCUAUCAUAACUAGAUAUAAAAAGGACAUUGUGUCAUAUGUGGAGUGCCAAUAACAUUUACAGGGAUUAUUUUAAUGAUUACACUAGUUUUAAAGCUUAAUUUCCACUUUUAUCUAUACUCCAACAGUAGACAAAUACUCCAUUAAAUACACAAAAUAUGUACAUGUCAUUGAUUCUAGUAUGUGCUGAGGGCUGGAUCUGUGAAAGAUUUUAUAUGUAUGUUUGGUGUGUCAAGCAUUUAAAUCUGAAACUGAGACACACAGUUUCAGCUUGAACCCUGAUGUUUCUUUAGGAUCUCUGCUUUCCUUCUUAGUCCAGUAAAGCGUCUCAAGGAAUCUGUAUUUUGCUGCUGAGCAGAGGAAACAAAUGCGGUCUUGAGUUUGUAUCUGCACACUAGUCAGAUUUAAAUGUUGUUCAUUUGUCUGGUUUACUUGUGGGACUUUUUUGGCAGUCACCUGACCUGCUCACUCGUGUUUGGCAGAUAAUGGUAAGAGUUAUUUAGACUGUAGUGGUGUUAAGCACUCUGCUGGAGUUUGGGAGAGGCAAGUUGAAACUCCUCUUCUGUCUUGGUCUUUCACAUCUGGUGAGACUAACAGCUGGGAGCUAUUAUGGAAUAGUGCCAUUCUGUGGUGUUACCAAGGGAUAGCUUUAUCCAAACAAGGUCUUAGUUGCCUUAAAGGAGACGAGGCAUACUUUAGUGAUUGAGAGGUAUUUCAUCUAAAUUAGGUAAACUAAACACGUAAGCCUUCUCUGUAUUCAGUGAAGUAAAUAGCAAUAUUGUAGGUUGGGUUGAAUUGCCUUCUGGAGAUGCCUACUGCUAUUGUUCUGUAGAGGGGGAAGCCCAGACAGCUAUUUUAAAAUGAAAUUAGUCUAGCCCUCAAGGGUACAUUUUAAAUUCCAGCCUAGGUUUGUAUCCAGCGACAAUCUGCUUACUCGAGACAAGCCAGCUGAUCCAGCACUUGCUGCAUAGCACCCCAUCUGUCUCCCAGGCCUAUCUGAUGGAUAGAUACACCUUGGCCUCUGAAAGCCUCACAGCAGACCUGGGCCUGGCCUGUACUCUUUGAUUCUCUUGAAAGCAGACCUGAAUAAGGCAACAAAGCCCUCCCUUCCUUGCUGUCCUGGCCCCUUCUCCCCUCCCAAGGCAGGUUUGUGCGAGGCAGGGGAAGGCCAGAAAAGGAAAAAAAAAAAAAGCUGAAGUUGGGACAAAGGAGAGAAACUGAGAGGGUAAAGUCUUAGUGGUAAGGCUUCUGAUCUUGAUUUUGGCCUUUAAAUCCCAGACUGUUUACUUUUUCCAGUGAAUGAUGCAAAGUAUAGAAAAAGGCUGCAUAGGAGCAAGGGCUGUAUUUUCUAAUUGGAGUGUUUUAUCUUUUAGACUGUUCUUUGGUGUCCUGUGCUGCCAUUACCAUGCAAGUGUUUUAUGGAAAGCAAAAGUUUCAACAGCUGAGGUUGCCAAAACCUUAAAUACCCUGCAGCCAAAUUGUUAAUGUGUUUGACUAGAAAGUAAGAGAUAGUGUGUGUUUGAAUCCCUGCUCCAAAUUGUUUAAAGAAGAUGUGUAAACAAGGUUUCUUGCCUUCUCAGGUGACUGUAAUAAUCUUUAUCCUGCUGGGUUUAUCAACUUUUAUCUGGCUAGAUCCAUCUGCUAUCCUUUCUCAGGAAAAAUGCUAAGCUUUUUCGUACCAGUCUACUUGGAAGUGUAUGAGACCUGCCUUCAAAGGGUGUGUUAGGUUUGAAACACACCCCUCCCACUUCCUGUAGGUGGGAUGCAUUGGAGAAAUAACUCUUUCCAUGACCCUGUCUCUCUGUAGAGGGAGCCUAAUGGUGGCUACCCUUGUGGUGCAUAGGGCAAGUUAAAAAGUGAGGUACAUCACUGUUUGUGAUGCCAUCUCUUAUCCCUUGUUCCUGACCUAUAUGUAGUUCCAGUGGUUUGGCAUGACCUGCCUUCAUUUAGUUCUUGCUUCUACAGGUGCUGCCAGUCAUCACUCCCCAGCCUCCUGAAAACACAGUGAACUGAUUCCCUUAAAAAUAAGUAAGUUGAUCCGAAGGCAUGAGAGAGAAUUUGUUACCAGGAUAGGCUUUUUGAAAAACAUUUUUUUUUCAUUUAGUAAUUUUACAAUCCUUCAGCAAUUAUAAAUUCUGUAAAAAGGCCCUCCCUAAUCAUUAAAAUGUGGCUUGCACAGUAGUGUUUGAGAUCUUUGGAAUGCCAGCAUUUUUUUUUCAAUACUUACGUAAAAAAGAAGUCACAAGUCUCACCUCUUCUUGCAAAUGAAGUGGCCUUUAUUACGGUAAAGAGAUCAAUAAUUAGUCCCAAUGGGAAAUCAGAUACAGAUAUUCCUCUAUAAUAAGAAUAAUUGCUGAAAAAUCAAUUCAGAUGUGUCUGUGUAAUCAGUCUGCCCUUUCUCCACAGCUAGUCAAGGCUCCUCAGUCAAAAAAUAUCAAAUCCUUCAGGGAUUACCCUCUGUGUGUGAGUCCUUGAAAGUUUUCCAUAUGCAUAUUCGUUGACAGAAGUGCUAAGAGUUUCUUCUUUGUCAGCAGAUCUUCUUGACAGACUAUUGAUUACUUUUUGACUUUCGUUGGGUGCACUGUUUUGUAUGGUUGGCAGUCCUGAUGUGGCUGAUUCACUGACACAAGCAGAGGGCCUGUACAAGUGGAAACACUUUCUGCUUUGGGGUUUAGACUCUGAUAAAAAUCAGAAAAGCAAGACAAAUAGAGCUUUCUUCAAAAAAGUGUUAGGAUAUUGCUUCUACAUUGUCUGAUGGGAGCAGAAGUGUAAAGAAAUCUCUACUUCUGUUUCUUUGACUUAUUUCUACACUGGCUCAACCAGAGCAAACUGUUGUCAGCAGCUGGAGUGUGUUACAUGAUCUUCUGAAACAUUUCUUCCCAUUUAGUUCCACCAGGAAAGAUCCAUUUCAUCCAGUCAGAGAUGUGAAUCAAAAGCAAAGUAAGAGGGGAGAGUGUAAUAAGGAGGUUGACUUCAAAAGUGAAAACAUUACCAGCUCUUUCAGUCUUAAGAGAAAGUCUUGUCUGGUAGUGCUAACAAUUAUAAUGCAAAUUCUUAAAAUCAACAUUAUAUGUAAUACCUCUCUGGGUAAAAAAACAAUCAAACCCCACAGCCCUGCAAUCUAAAACCAGGUCCUUUACAAGUGAAUGAAUUAUCUAAUGACAAGAAGUAAAAGCCCUCCCUGUUUCAACUUUGCUCAGAAAAUAUUUUUACUGACUAUUUAAAAUGCCGGUUAAAUGGCAGUACAUUGGCCUCUGGUGGAGUACUUGCCUUAAACAAAGAGCUGUUAAUUGCAGUCUAAUUGUGGACAAUAAGGGUUAUCUGAACAGUCAGUAAUGAAACUUCCCCAGGUAACAAUGUAAGUAUUUGUUGUUUUUUUUUAAAGUAAUUUCCCCUCAGUGGGGGGUUCUUUAUUAAAUGUGCAUAUGGGUCACUAUGUACAUAGAGAGUCUCCUUUAUUUUUAAUCUCUGGAUAUAAUUUUCUAAUGUGCUAGAGUGACUAUUUGGUGAUUUAGACACACUAAGACAAGUAGGAAUUUCUCCAUCUUGCCUUUUCAUCUCUUCAUUACCCAUAGAAUCAGCAUUCAGUCUACCCACUCACGAAGGAGGAAUACAAUUCCUCCAUUCUUCAUUUAUUUCAUCCUUACACAUAGCUUUGAAUAUAGGGAUUAGAGUAUUGUGUAUCAGCUUUGGCUGAAUCUCUGAAUUUUGAGGAAGCUCUUUCCCCUGCCUGUGACCUCCAAAGUUUUGUUUCAAGCUUAUAGCACUCACCAUUAGCUGCAUUUUUCUGUAAAGAGACAAAGCACUUCUCAUAACUUCCUUACAAUGAGGAGGAAGCGGAGUUGAAGUUACCAUUCCAUCUAUAGCUAUUCAGCAAUGCCUUCCCACUCUGCCACCCACAAAAUGUAAUUCAAGCAAGCAAAUAUGCAGCCACAAGAAGAAAUUCACAUUUCAUUUUGAAGUUAACAGAGCUUUGCAUUUUCACUUUACAACUCUUACAGAUUUUCUACCUAGACAGAAAAAAUCCAUAACAUAACCUCAUACACAUGGAUAAUGCCUAUUCUGUUUCUGGGGUUAUAUCAAGAAAACCCUUGCCAAAGGCUAUAGCCCCUGCAAAUUUACAAACCCCAGUUUUUGCACAUGAGCCUUGAUUUUGAACAUCCACAAAUCCAUGAUGAGAUGCAUCCCAAGAUCCUGAGGGAGCUGGCAGAUGUUGCUAAGCUGUUGAAAAGCCAUGGCAAUCAGAUGAAGUCUGUAGUGACUACAUGCUCUGUGCAUGUAGAGAGGUGCCCAGUCAUCAUGACUUUCUGGAAAGGGGGUGAGAACUUUCACCAUCAUUCAGUCCUCUUUGCACAUCCUUAUUUGUGUGGAGCCAGCCUCCUGCCCUAUUUUGCUGGCUGCAAGGUCUCUCUUGUCCACAUCACUCUGAGACCUUUGCUUGUGAAUCCAUGUCACAACUACCUCUCUUGAUGGUGGAUCAUCAUCUCCCCCUCCUUGCUGUUCCUAAUUCAAAGCUCUUCUCACUAGGCUUGACAGACAUGAGAAGCUGUUCUGCCACAGUCAAGUCACGUGGGACCAAUUAUCCAUUCUUAUCUUCAAAAUGGCCUGGUGGUCAUAAAAGCUGAAGCCUCUGAGACCAGCUGCAAAAGUGGUUGUUGAUCCACAGGAUCUGUCCACUCCUCAAAUUCCUCCUUUUGCUGGCAAAUGGUACCACAGGACCCUGGUGCCCUUGGUCCUCACCUCCAGAGCGACACAGUCAUUCUUGUUCUGCUCCAGGUCCUCCCUGGCCACAUGGGUGGUGCUUGAGUUGGCCAAGAACCAGAGAAGCCUUGGCAGCCUCCCCACAGAACCCAUGUGAAGCAGCAAACCUCUUUAGACCUGGGUCAGUCUGGUCACCAGGACCUCUGCCCACCACAGGCAGUUCCUCUUUGCUCUCACUUCCCAUCUCCCCCUAGCUGCUGCUGCCAGAGGCUCAGAGGCUGCCAGAUGUGGGGGUGUCAUCAGAUGGUGAUAUCCCAGCCCCUUAUCUGUUACCAGGGCUCUGAAUCUCUUCUAUAGUACAGAUCUGCAGGUGGGGCAGGAUACCCUCCAGUUUUUGCCCCCUGUGACUCUGCAUUUCCCACACCUGGAUGCGUGCACGGACUUUGCCUCCAUUCUCCAGUGCAGCAGUUCAGGCUCCCGAGUCAAGCUGACAUAUCCCUUACUGCUACAGUUCGGAGAUAUGAUUGCCUAAGGUCAGGCACAGGUUAACAAGACUCAGAAGCACUGCCGUGGACUGUAAUUAAGAUUGGUGAAUUGCUGGAAAUACUCUCCUUUGCUCUUGUCAUCUGUCUGCUUUGCUCUUUUUCAUAUACCCUAAUGGUUCUGCAAUUCUAUUACAGUAUUAACCAAACACAUGAUGAAAGUUUCACUUUCUUUAUCCACCAGCUGCAGCAUUGAUCUUAAAGGUCUUCUCUUAGGUUAUGUGAUUCUUUGCUCUUCUGUUCUUGUCCCUCUUUCUGGUGUUGUAAACUCUACCUGAAAUAUUAAUCAAUAAAGUACAUCAGAAAUAGCCAUAA